AUGUCUGGCUCAAGGUACUCCCAAAUUGAGGGAAAUAACGAUCAAAAAUUAAAUAAUUUGGCCAACAAAUUGGCUACAUUCAGAAAUAUAAACCAGGAUAUAAAUGAUCAGGCAGUGGACCAAAAUUCAGUAAUCAAUCAAAUAUCUAAUUCCUUCGACGCACUUUCGAACAAUAUAAGAAAUUCCUCAACUAGACUCACAAGAAGUUUACAAGUGGGCAACAACAUAUGGCGAAUGGUUGGUCUAGCCCUACUGUCAUUUUUUAUCGUUUAUAAUAUACUUAAAUUAUUUUAA